UAAAAGAGGAGCUGAAGGAUCAACAGGCAGCUUGACGAUGCGUGUGUGUCUCUGUGUGCAACAUGCUCGACGUUUGUAAGGAAUGGAUCUGACUUCUCUGUGGAGACAACCGGCUGUCAUGAUGGACCUGGGGAGCCUCUGCUGUUGAUACACUGAACAUGGCAAAGGCUCAUACAGCCAGGUGGUGCUGUCUAGAGAGGAUCAACAACAGCAAAAAAUGAAAAAUACUUCUGCCUGGUAGAGGAGAAACUCCUUGAAAUAUGAAUCCAGAAUCCCUGGACCUGUCUAUCCAGAGCGCCCUCUCGGCCCUCUUCCCACCUUUUGAGGCAACGGCGCCCAUCGUCCUGAGCCAGCUGUUUCGCACCAUUGAUGAACGAUACCACGGCGAUGCUCUGCAGUGCCUGCUGGACUUCCUCAUUCCCUCCAAACACCUGCUGGAGAGCGUCCAACAGGCUGCAUGUGCCGGCUACUCUGAUGUGGUUUUCCGCUGUGAAGGCUGGCCUCUGUGUCUCCAUGACAGAACAGUUGUCCAGUUAGCCUCUGUGAACCCUCUUCUGCUGCGUCCUGGCGACUUCUAUCUCCAGGUGGAACCUUUUGGUGACCAGGCGGCGCGGAUUGUCCUAAAAACCCUUCUGGAGGAAGGAUGUCGAGAAGUUGAAGAAACCCCGAUCCCCGAGACUUCUUACCCCUGCCUCUUCACUGAGGACUGGCUGCAGGACGUAAACGAGGGACGUCGAGGAACGCCUCUGUCACGCUGUUUGCUUUGCACAGACCAAGGUGUCAUCAAGUUGCCUUGGGCUAAAAUCGCCACCCCAGAGUUCUUAGACAAGCCCAAAAUCCUGCCCACCUGUGACGAAACACCUCCUGAGUCUCGAUGGGCCUCAGCGCCUAUCCACUUCAACUCGUCCACCCUUCCGGUUGAGGCUGUGGCUCCUUCAACAAAAGACAGGAUGUCUGCGUCUCUGAGACACUCUUCUUCCAAGCUUUUGAAAAUGGAUCAGGAAAGACAAACUCCCAAACCAGUCCCCAAACCAUUAAUCAAACCUGUGGGUUGGGUUUCUCCAAACACCUGGGAGAGUCUGAACUAUCACGAGAUAGAGGGGGAUUAUGUAGACCUGGUGGACAUCACCAAAGACAAGGAGUUAGUUGCUAGGCAGAGAGACAGCCAUGGAAAUUUAUCCAACUUAGUUUUAGUCAAACCAGUAAGACUGCCCCCACCUAUACCACUUGGAAAUACUGUCCCCUGUGGACGCAGCCUUCAGCUUACAGGGGAGCUCUGCAUGCCGUGCAGCCACAGAAACCUGGAGCAGGAGCUCACUGAUCACUGUCGGUACAGAGACUCUUACGUAGCAGCACUGAGAAAUCCAGUCACUUUUGAGAGGGGAAAUGUAGACCUUCUGUCUGCCCUGGAAGAGGUGAGGCUGUGUGAGGAGGGGGACGCAGCACCCAGAGGUACAUGUGAAGGCCAGAAGAAAGACAACAUAAGAAACUUAGGUAACCACUGUGAAAGAUCUGUGAUAAGCAACAAACCCAGUCAGUUUGAGGGAUGCUGUCGUCUUCCUCUUAGUUGUGAAACCAAAAACCUCAUGAAGGACUCGUCUAUAAGCCUAAAGUCGACCUCUGGUUUGAACCACAGUGACAAAUUUCAGACUGCGCUCAUUUCCCAGCAAUUAGGACACUGUGCGCACCCAGUGUCAGACGUGUCAGCAACAACUUCUGUUGGGGAUUCUAAAUUACACCACAAAAGGGAGGUUGUAAAACCGUCUGGGAAACACAAAGUUAAAGUGAGGUCUUUGUCCACCGUGUCAGAGACGCCCACAGGGAGUCCGGCUCUCUAUAAACUCAGCAACAGGAGCCAAAGUGACGUUUGUCCCGAAUCAAUCACAAGCAUAAUUCAACGGGGAACAGGUGCAGAAGUGGAUCAGGAGGCUGUAAAGUUGGAAAAACAGAAACGCUGCAAAAAAGAUUCACAUUCAAACAGAGGUGAAACUCCAUCCAACGUCAUUGGACCAGGAUCCAAACUUCUCCUCUUAAGAACAGAAGAUCAGAUUACUUCACAAGUUCAUCUUCCUGUGACAAGUUCAGACUCUCAGCAGCCCCCACAGACUGAAGAAUGUGGUUUCAGGAAGAUCAGUGGUCUCCUUGAACUGGGCAUCAUUUGUUUACCAGGCAGUAGGGACAGGAACGGCAGGGCGGUGGUGGAGAUCCACGGAGACAGGAAGGAGUGGAUGUCCCCUCUCGUGUCAGCACAGAGCGUCUGUGAAUUACUGCUGUACAUGCACUCCAUGCCAAGGAAAGAUGUCCGAGAGCUGGGAAUGACGCUGGUCGUCAAUGCGCGGAAGAAGCCUCCUCCACUUCACCUCUACAAAGCACUGCUGAUGGCGCAGGAACAAGCUCUCCAUGCUGUUCACAGCAUAGUCAUACUGACAGAUAAAGACUGUUGUCCACGACCUGAGAAACAUCCCGGCCUGCAGAUUGACACGGUGACUUCGAUAAGAGCCCUGAACAAGACGGUGGAAGCUUCCCAGCUGACCUCUGACCUGGGCGGGACUUUUACCUACAAUCACACCGUCUGGCUGCAGUUCCAUCAGAAACUAAUGUGUUUCAUGGCCGACCUGCGAGGAGCCAACAGUCUGCUGCAAAAUGCCAUCAAGAAACUGGAUAGCAACAAACAGCUGGACACUGCUCAGGAGGUGCAGCAGAGCAUACAGGAACAAAGGGUUUUGAUGAAGGAGGUGCUGGAAGAUGCUGGACUGGUAACUCUGCAAAAGGAAGGAGGAACGCUACUGGCCAGGAUGAAAAAAGAAGAGUUCAAAUUUCCCCAGUCAGAGGACUACAGAGAUGCUUUGGAGUCUGUGACAAGUCUGUACAAUCAGGUGGAGGAGAAGCUUCACACACUGGUGAUGAGAUCCAAUGAGUCCCUGCAGCAGCUGGAGUUCCUCCUUAAACUCAGGGAGAUGGAAGCUAAAAUCAUCUCGGCAGGGAUGUGGUUCAGCUCAGAAGGUGAACAAAGCCUGGAGAAGAACUCUUACACAACUAAUGACUCUGAGGUGCGCACUGAAAAGGUGUUGCAGGACUUUAGUCUAUUUCUCAUUGAAUCCAAGGGAAAGCAACAGCAUGCCCUGAGCCUGGUGACAGAGGCAGAGAAGCUUGUUGGAAACUGCAGCUCCAGUCCGGCAACAGAAAUCUUUCGGACACUUGUCGGCACCUUCAGAUCUAAUGUAGAAGACUUUAUGGUGCGCACAGAGCAGAAGAAGAAGGAACUGGAUCCACUGGUGCAAAUGUACAGCUUUUGUGAAAAGGUGAUCGCCUUGACCAAGGAAUGCAGCAACUUCUUAAUGCAGGCAGACGACGGGUGUCUGUCAGCUGAGACACUAAGCACGCUCCAAAUGUACCAAGAAAGGUUUGACGGUGAAUUUUCCACCCGGCGCUUCCAGGCUCUGAAAGCGAAAGCCUGCGCCAUGGGAGCGGGGGCCCCUCGAGUGAUUGGAGUGUGGAAUGCAGCCUGGGUCCAGAGCCAAGAAGUUAAGCAGCAACUUGAGGAGAUGCAGAAGAAGAAAGGCGUAGAUAGGAAGCAGAUCCAGCAGACCACAGCUGCAACCCCUCUGGCGAAACACAGAGAAGCAAAGAGGGAGGGGGAGAGGAGUGAGCUGGGGGAGGCUGAGUGCUCUCUGAUGCUCUCUCAGAAGGAAAGUCCAAAGGAAAGUUUCAAUGCUGCGUGCUGCACGGACAACAAUAAAACCCAAUUCAAAGAGAGCAAAAACCAAGAAUCCAAUUUGCAAACACGAGCUGAAAACGCACCAGAGUCUCCCGUUUUGCCACAAAUUGGCCACUGCCUUCCAGAAAACAACUGGAGGCCAAGAGAGCACCGCAGCAAGGCAGAUCUGAGGAGUUUAAACUCCACAAAAGACGGGGAGAAGUUUCCAUUGCACCGACAUUUGGGCCGGUCUCUAAGUGAGGGCAUGUGUGCGAUAAACCCCUCUGACCUUUCACCUCAUAACAAAAGUCAUAAACACUGUCACAGCAAGAGACACUCACUGGAUCAAACUCUGCAGCCCACCCAAAAUCUGUACAUGGGUCAUCGUGAGAAUUUAUUGCCGGAGAACCUGAACUGUGAGUCGAAAAGAGAAGAGGAGGAGGGGGGAUGUGUGGUUCCUGCUAAGAACCCUGAGGAGACAGAGAUGCUACUCACACCAACCGAAAGCAACGACAAUGUUUUGAGAGUGCAGAAGAUCCUUGAGGAGCUGCUGUCCACAGAGAGGGAGUACGUCAAAGCUCUGGGUUAUGUCCGAGAGCACUACUUCCCCGAGCUGGAGAGAGCAGACGUCCCUCAGGACCUCAGGGGACAGAGGGGGAGCAUCUUCGGGAACUUAGAAAAGCUGCAUGACUUUCACCGCCACCACUUCCUGGAAGAGCUGGAGAGCUGCGUCGUCGAGCCGUUCAGAGUGGGACGCAGCUUUCUGCGUCACAGAGAGAGCUUUGCUUUGUAUGCCCUUUACAGCAAGAACAAACCACAGUCGGACCGUCUUCUCAUCAAUCACGGGAAGAUUUUUUUCAAGCAAAAGCAGCAGAAGCUGGGGGACAAGAUGGACUUGUGGUCCUACUUGCUGAAGCCUGUGCAGCGCAUCAGUAAGUACAGCUUGCUGCUGCAGGACGUGAUGAGGGAGUGUGGACCAGAACAACUCAGAGAGAUUUCUGAGAUCAAGGCAGCGCUGGAGGUCAUCCACUUCCAGCUUCACCAUGGCAACAACCUGCUGGCCAUGGACGCCAUCCGCAACUGUGAUGUCAAUCUGAAAGAGCAGGGUCAGCUCAUACGUCAGGACGAGUUCCUGGUGACUUUCAGGAAGAAGAAGUGCUUUCGCCACGUUUUUCUCUUUCAAGAACUCAUCCUCUUUAGCAAGACCAGAAAAACCGACGUAGGAAAUGACACAUAUGUCUAUAAGCAAUCCUUCAAG